GCCGUCCAAGCCACCAUAGACCUCACCGCGGGUGCCGUUGGGGGCGCAGCGUGUGUGCUGACUGGGCAGCCCUUCGACACCAUAAAAGUGAAGAUGCAGAUAUUCCCAAACCUGUACAAGGGCCUCACCGACUGCUUCCUGAAGACCUAUCGCCAAGUAGGCUUCCCGGGCUUAUACAGGGGGACCAGUCCUGCACUGCUAGCCUACGUCGCCCAGAGCUCUGUACUAUUCAUGUGCUAUGGCUUCUGCCAACAGUUUGUUAGGAAAGUGGCCAGAGUAGACCCGAACGCAGAGCUGAAUGACUUCCAGACUGCUACUGCUGGGUCACUGGCCUCCGCAUUCGCUGCACUGGCCCUCUGUCCCACUGAGCUCGUGAAGUGCCGGCUGCAGACCAUGCAUGAAAUGAAGAUGUCAGGGAAGAUAGCGCAAAGUCACGACACAAUUUGGUCCAUGGUUAGGAGUAUCUUCAUGAAGGAAGGUCUCUUUGGCUUCUAUCGUGGACUCCCCACCACUCUAGCUCAGGAGAUACCUGGCUAUUUCUUCUUCUUUGGGGGAUAUGAACUUGGUCGAUCAUUUUUUGCGUCAGGGAGACCAAAGGAUGAACUAGGCCCUGUCCCUUUGAUGUUAAGUGGAGGCUUUGCCGGGAUCUGCCUCUGGCUUAUUAUAUUCCCAGUGGACUGUAUUAAAUCCAGAAUCCAGGUUCUUUCUAUGUCUGGGCAGCCAGCAGGAUUAAUCCGAACCUUUGUUGCUGUUGUGAGGAAUGAAGGAAUAUUGGCCUUGUAUUCGGGAAUGAAGGCCACUAUGAUUCGAGCCAUCCCUUCUAAUGCUGCUCUGUUUCUGGCCUAUGAGUACAGCAGGAAGGUGAUGAUGAGCAUGGUGGAAGAAAACUGA